AUGUCCGAGCUCAGGGCCAGCAUCAAAGCAAAACAAGCCGAGACCCUCGCCCGCCUCACCCCAAACACCCUACAUAUAGCCCUCUACCUCCGCUCUGACCCACCCCUCCCAAACGACUUCCACUGGGCCUUCUACCUCCACAACGGGACAGGCUCCACACCAGUAGGAACAAAAUACCACGUCCGGGGGAUCGGCGGCGGCUGGAUCCCCGGCCACGAAGCUACAGCCGGGAUCUUCGCAGAGAAUUUCCUCUGUGUGAUGAUUCAGAUUGGGACGAUACCCGCAUCCGCACAUGCACGGGUGGACGAGCUUAUGAGGAUCAAUGAUCAGACUCUGAACUCGAUACCGGGGAUCACUUGUCGUACGUGGCUACUGGAGGUGCUUGGUGUGCUCGUUGAGGAGGGAUUUGUGCACUGUGAUGUUAGGGAGUUGGAGAAGGAUUGCAUGGAGAUUGGGAAUGAGCAUAGUUGGUCUGCUAGUACUAAUGAGCAGCCUCGUCCUGCUGUUAUGUGGCGAAAAGCUUCUUUGUACUGGCGUUUCACCGGGCGUUGUUGGCUUGGGUCGGUGGUGCUUGACUAUACCUUUAGUGCAUAG